GGAACAACAUAAAUAUAUUUGACAAUGAGUUCUUCAAGAAAAAUCCCAAGACUUUCGGAGCCUGCAAAUCAGUAUGAAGAAGAAGAUAAAGAGUACGAUGGGCGCGUGCAAAUUGACGAUUUGAAGGAUAUAGAGUUUCAUAGAUGCGAGCAGAUUGAAGAUUUCAAGGAAAAAAUAGACUCAAUCACGAACACGCUCUGUGAGCAAAAGGGCAUGAUGUGCUACGCAGACGAGGAGUCGCUUCAUCUGACCUUUCCCCUUAAAUCGCACGAGGACCUGGCCGUAGCCGAUAUGGCAAUUCAAAAUGGAAGCCAACUAGUUUACAUAAAAGCGUUGAAAAGAUUAAUCUAUCCAAAUGGCAUUCUCAAGCAGUUUAAAGAUAUAAUAUCGGAUGAGCUGGCGAACGAGUAUAACGUGGAUGGGUUCCAUGGCCAAAAAUGCCUUAAGAACUAUCAACAUUUUUAUGAUGCGCUCUUAAGCUCAACUGACGAAGACAAUGCCGAGGAACUGAUCCGAAAGGCGGUGCACUUGGCAAAGAAACGACAAUCGAAAAGAAAUUUGUUGAAGCAGGCGCAUAAUAUUUUAUAAAAAUUUAAAAAAAUUGUUAACUUAUAUUUAACAUUGUAUGCAUAUGUAUCGGUGUAUGCGACAUCCCAUUCCGCCGUUCAAGAAAAGAUAACAUGAAUAUUUGUGGUUGAACCACAGGCCUGGUUAAUGCCUUUUAAACUGGAGACUACGGAACACCGAGGAAUUUUAAAAUACCAAACUGAUGACACCCACUUAUAGAAUUAGAAGUACUCGAGUACCAACCGGUAAAGCAUCUGCGUCAACAGAUGCAAAUCACAGUCAAGUGCAUCCGUGUCCCCCAGAAUGUUGUCCUGAGAAGUCGGACGUUUCUUUAGGACUUUGGCAUACCAAAAGUCAUAGAGCAAAUCAACCGACCAACAAGUCGGAGCAUGCCAACCCGUUGCCUUGGUCCGCUUUGGGGAGCAACGCCAAGGACUGAAGCAUUUCCGCACGAGUUAUAAUUGCAGCUACUUUCCAUGUUUACUUGUUAUAGAAACUUGACUACAACAUUUUUAUCUAAAAUGUUUUCUAUGUUCCAUUUGAUGUCAUUAAUUAAAGUUGAAAAUAUUAUAAAAUGGAAUAUGAUGUAUCAAAAUAAAAU